UACCACCUGGGCAUUCCAAGCUUACUGUUUAAAUAAUAACUUGGGCUCGUUAUAUAUGUACAUGCAUACGCUCUUUUAGUACUUACACACAAUACACUUACACACAUAAAAAAACACAUCGUCCGUUAAGCAGUAUAUCAAAACCGUACAUUCAAAUGUAUUCAGCACAGGCCAAAAAAUAAGGUUGUCCGCCUGCCUAGAAAAUGUCCAAGGCCGAAGGGAUCCUCGAAGAGCUAUUGGAAUGUUGCAUAUGCCUAGAAUUGUGCCAGCCACCGAUCCACCAAUGUAAAAAUGGGCAUAAUAUUUGCUCCUUUCACAUCCCCGAGAUCGGUGACUUGUGUCCAAUUUGUCGGGUGCGAUACGAAUUUGGCGGUUCUAGAAACCUGCUAGCUGAGAAUAUUAUCUCCAACAUUUUGAAAAACCGGGAAAUAAAAGUGGAGAAAGAAGAGGCAAAAGAAGAGCCAACAGUACAAUCUGAUGACCAAAUUACAGGAGCUGGAGCCCAGGUUCUUCCUCGACCUCCAUCUAGAAUGGGAACGUCGAUAUUAACAACUCAGCGGACGCUAACUACGAACUCGACUUGGCCAGGGGCCAAACCUUUAAAAUCAUUGGCUGUGUAUUCUAAGCCACCCCCGCCUUCUGAGUUUGCAACGCCUCUCAAGUCGUUGGCUACAUAUUCACCAACGUCACCUACUGCGACAACGCCAACCUCACCCCUUACUUUAUUUGGGCCAAGGUCACCCUUUGCGACUCCUGCAACGGUAGGAACGACACAACCGAUUUUUCACCGCCCCUUGAAAAAUUUUACCUCACGGCCUGCAUUGCCUGUGAUUCAACCUACGCCAAUACAAGCAAUGUCGUCCGCGUCACCUUCAACUUCACCAGAUUCGGCGCAAUCUUCAAUUCCAAGCUCACCGGCCCCACUUCCUGUAACGUCAUCAGUUUUUCCAAUGGUUCCAUCAGAUUCACCUGUGACGCCACCAGCUGCGUCAGUUACAAACUCACCGGCUCUACUUCCUACAACUCCACCAGCUAUUCCAGGUCCAGCGUCAUCGGGUUCAUCGGCUCCAACGUCACCAGCCCCACUUCCGUUGUUACCGUCAGUUCCAACGCAGCAUCGUUUCCAAUCAUCUGAUUCUUCCCCCAAUGAUGAUAAACCGGAAGAGGAUCACAUAAACGAUAAUAUUGCGUGGGUGAAAGUAGAUGGACAGUGGAUUGAGCAACGUAGCAAUACCACGGUUUCUAUAGAAACUAGACCGACCACAGCCGCCACACUGGUACCCGACAUCAGUUUGGAUACUGUUCGUAAGAAGUAUGAAACCCUCUCAAAGGUUCGAGGCAUUGGGGUUCUGGUUACGCCAUGGCCACCAAGCUCAUCAACCAUACGUCGUGCGUCAAACGUAAUGGGUCAGGUUGAAUCGGGCGAUGAGAAUUUUGAAUAAAAUACUAGGCAUCGAAGCCAAGAAGCGAAGAGAUGCAUGUACAUACAUGCAAAUUGAUGUAUAAAUGUAUGCAAUUAAUCAAUCAUUAAAAAUUACCCGCCCUAAGUAUAUAAUUGCUGUAAAAAUAUAGAUAGAAGUAGUGGUGAUCUGCGUCAUAGUCAAAAUUAUACUUAACUGCAUUCAAGAACUUCUAGGUUUCAGGUCUCCAGGGUAACCUUAAGCCCUUUGAUUAACCAAGUAUUUGUUUGUGAAGAACAUGGUCACGUGACUGCAAUGAAUUAGAAAAUCUAAUGUCAGAUAAUAAAAGUAUGCAAUGCUAAAAAUUA